AUGUUAGAACACUACCUCUAUGAUCUGGAUAAUGACAUUGGAGAGUCAAAGAACGUUUCUGAGCACAACGUCGAGUUGACGCUAGCAAUGAAAGUGGAAUUGGAGGAGUUUCUAAACAAGUUGGCUCGCGUCACACUCGCUGGAAUAGCAGUCUUCUUCAUCGUUUUCACCGCCUCCCUCCUUCCCGCCGUUCUCGUCACACCGACGGUCAGAUACGAGGAGGUGUCCAGCUUCCAUUCGCUCUUGAUUUCCAACUCGUCGGCGAAUUUCUACAGCGCUACCUUCAUCCGGACGUCGUUGUUGUCCCUUGCUUUCGCGGACUACAAUCGUGCCCAAGGUAUCAGCGAUGUCGUCAAAACCAGAAAUACUACAGCAGUAACAAAUGCUAGUGAAAUCCCACCAAGGCAUCGUGUUACACACCCCAAGUCCCGCGGCUUCAUUCUGGCGACAGAGUACCAGCAGCAGUUACUGGGUGGGUUCAAGGGGUUUUACCACCUCUCCAAAAUUGCAUCGGCCCUCAAUCUGUCCAUCGUUGAACCGUUUGUCUCAAGGACAUCCUUGACCGGAGUUCCUUCCCUGAAAGAAGGUCUGGACCAGUGUUUUAAACUGAGCCACUUUUACGAUCUCUACGGUCUGAGAGACGCCUUUCUCCAAUGCUCCGACGUUAAACUGGAGACUUUCGAGAAUUUCUUCACGAAAUCCUCCCACCGUAUUGUCAUGGUCGAUUUUCUUAAAUCUCUGGAUUUCUACCGCAAAGUAUUUCCUCCAAAUGGCAUGAACAUGAAGACCAUAGAGUUAAAGUCAGAUACAAAAGGCACAUUGGUGAGUCUAGCGCUGCUCAACCAAUACGCAGCACACAUGUUUCAAAAGCGUUGUAAGAAGAUCAGAUGCUCAAAGACGAAGUAUUUGUUUAAAAAAUCUCGUGUGAUAUUGAUUGACGCGAGACCGCUCCACCCCUUGUCGUGGGAACUAGUGAGGACCACUUUGGAAUCGGUGAUAAAUGAAGAGGUGAAUAAGUAUGGCUCUGUGACACUAGUUCUGCCCUCAUGGCGAGACAUCCAACCGCCUGGCAUGAUCUCUUCUUUCUUCUACUCCAUGCCUGACUUCCCAUGGGAUAAUUGCCAAGAUGUGGUUCUUAUACCUCACAGUAAAACCGUCAUGGCAGCUGCAGAUAAGUUUGUAGCAGACAAAAUGAAACCACAUCCCGUGGUUGGAGUUCACAUCCGUGCCGAGAGGCUCCUAAUUGAUUACAAAGGGGAUGUCACUCACUUUAUGGGCUGUCUGAAACAACUCAAAAACUUACUGGGAAACGGAACUAUUCCCAGCGUUCGUAAGGAAAACGUUCAUCUCAUCCAUGAUCUGGGCACAUACGGGUCGCAGAGCUGCACCGAUUAUUGCAAGUUGGGCUAUGACAGAGCACUGUGGGAAAUAAGUAAGUUAGGCUACAAGGUCAUGAAUUUCAAACCUUGGGACCAGAGCCAUACACUGCAAAAUACACUGGCCGCAUUUGUGGACCGUGAGUAUCUCACAAGAGUUGAUGUGUUGGUGACGAUUGGCAGAGGAGAGUUUCAGCAGAAUAUUGUGGAGAGAUUCUUGAAUCGAUCCGAAGUCAAACGGGACAAACUUUAUAGGAUUUGUAACAACGGUCACCCAAUACCCACCUACUAUCCCCAUUGCUAA